AUGGCUAAGAGGCCUCUGCGUAUUGGAGCAGGAGGAUGUGAGAACGACCCGGCAGACACAGAACACACCGUCAGUCUCCUGGAGAACCUGCCAGAGGUGGAGAGGGUAAGGGACAGUUCCUCUUCAAUCGAUCAAUCAAGUUGAUUCAUAAAUCCCUUUUUACAUCAGCAUUUGUCACAAAGUGCUUUUGCAGAUGCCUCUUUGGGUUCACAGUGCUCUUGGUUCUCUACAUUCACCAAGUUCCUUCAGUAAUGUUCAUUAGUACUGUGCAGCAUUCACAGUACAGUUUCAAACCCUCUUGAUGUUAGGAAAUAACAGUAGCUGUGGGAAAUAACAAAAUCCGCCCUUACACAGCAUGCUCUCUGUCUCUGUGACCCCAGUUGACCCUGCGGAGGCUGCUGGACCAUCUGAAGUUGGUGGCGUCACACCACGAGGUCAACAAGAUGACGUGUCAGAACCUGGCGGUGUGCUUCGGCCCCGUGCUGCUCAGCCAACGCCAGGAGGCCAGCUGUCAUAGCAACCGGGUCUUCAUCGACUCGGAGGAGCUGGCCAGCGCCCUGCACUUCAAGAAGCAUAUCGAAGUGCUGCACUACCUGCUGCAGCUAUGGCCAGGUAACCUCCACCAUAGAGAUACACUACAAUACUAGAGUGGCCUAUGACAUUAACCUUCAUAACUCUAGAAUGUGGUGAUAAUGGCAGCCAUCUUGGUCAGAGAUACAUUCUAAACCAGUGUAGUACCAUGCAGUACCUCUGGAUCUAGAGGCCUUUUAUAUUUACUAAAUUACUAUCUUAAUUACUGGCUCAUUACUCCUGCAGUGAAUGUAUCAGGCUUUUAGUUCAGGCCAUUGAGUAGUGUGUUUACAGUACAUGGGCAUUCUUAAUUACUGAACCAACAACUUAAUAAACAAGUAAUAACAAACUUAAGUGCUCACCCAAAAUCAGACAAGCCAUUUCUUAGAAGGGCAAAUUGUUCCCAGCGCUGUGCUGUAGUUCUGUUCCAAACAUUACUUUAAAAGGCUGGGUUGGCGCUUUGGUCUCUGGUGGUUUGGCUUGGCUGGCUGGCUGGCUGGCGCGCACACACACACACACACACACACACACACACACACACACACACACACACACACACACACACAUACACACUCAUACACACACAUACGGCUGGCGCGCACACACACGCACACACACACACACACACAUAUACAUACACACACUCAUACACACACACACACAAACACACACACACACACACAGCAGAUAGCCAUUCGUCACAUCUCUUCAGUCAUCAUAGAUGAAAUGCACCACAAAGUGCUUCAUCAUGACAGGAGGGCCAAAGCCUUACUGUAAACCAAUCUCAGUGGGCAGGGAUGCUUUUAUAUAAAACACCGUCCAGAGAAAGUAUGCGUCUAAAAUGGCACACUAUUCCUUAUAUAGUGCACUACUUUUGUUCAGAGCCCUAUGGGACCUGGUCAAAAGAAGUGCACUGUAAAAGGGAAUAGGAUGCCAUUUGGGAUGCUGCCGAAGACAUCCUGGACCAACUGUUGGUAAUUUGUCUCCCUGUCCAACUGUUCUGCUCUCAGCAGCUGUCUUCUCUCAGCAGCUGUCUUCUUUGUGUGCACGGUGAUAUGAGAGACAGAUAUGCACUGUUGAGUAUAGCUGGGAUAGAGGGAUAUGAAAGAGAGAUGCGUAUGAGUGUAGGGUUGCUAGGGGGUUUGGAUGUCAAAUCCUGUGCAGAUGGAUGUGCUGCCUCUAAGGAGGAUGGGGAAGACUAUACAGUAACUGUCUGAUCCCCUCAGAUCACGAACAUUCUCUCUAACCAACUCCAUUUAACUUCAUAGUGUUGUAUAUACAGUGCCUUCAGAAAGUAUUUACACCCCUUGACUUUUUUUGUCACUGACUUACACACAAUACCCCAUCAUGUUAAAGUGAAAUUAUAUUUUUCAAAAUUUUUACCAAUUAAUAAAAAAUGAAAAGCUGAAAUGUCUUGAGUCAAUAAGUAUUCAACCCCUUUGUUAUGGCAAGCCUAAAAAAAAUGUGCUUAACAAGUCACAGACUCACUCUGUGUGCAAUAAUAGUGUUUAACCUCUACUGGAUGGGUGUCCCGAAAUCGGGACAGUUGUUGCUCAAUACGGAUAAUGUGACUACAAUGACGUUGUAAACAAAAGCACAUUUUCAGGGACAUAUACAUGUCUUAUAUGGGCAGAAAUCUUUAAUUAUUGUUAAUCUAACUGCAGUGUCCAAUUUACAGUAUCUAUUACAGCAACAAAAAAAAACAUGCUAUUGUUUGAGAAUAGUGCACAACAACAAAACACUUUUAUCACGACAACUGGUUUGGUACAUUCACCUCUGAAGGUAAAAAAAUGUACUUACAUUCAGUAAUCUUGCUCUGAUUUGUCAUCCUGAGGGUCCCAGAGAUAAAAUAUAGCGUAGUUUUGUUUGAUAAAAUCCAUUUUUAUAUCCUAACAACAUCCAUGUUGUAUGCACGAUCGAUGUUGUAUUCCCACUCGUUCAACUUGCAAAGAAAGACAUCUGUGAAUAUCGAAAACUAAACCUUGUUUCAGCUAGUCAACUUAGAUUCCUAUUUAUUCCUCAGACACUCCAGAAGGUAACCAGCCUUUCCUUCAUCAUUCUGCAUUAGGUAUAUCCGAUACAGAAACAAUUUUAGCCACAAAGAAACGACAUCAUUAUGCGCCGAUGAGACAGGCGGUGUUCACUUGAUUGACUGUAUCUUGGUCCAAUGACCACCUAUUGUUUUGAAACAUAGCUAGCUAGAUAGCCAAUGAUCUGGGCUUUACAGGAGUAUGAAAUGGUCCUUUGUCUGACUGAGGAAAAGCCUGUGUAUUCAGCAUGCGCGCAACACGGUUUAGUGUCCAUUGGGAAUCUAAAGGAAGUGGCGCAUCGCGUUACGCACAGCUCGAUUUAGUAAAAGUUUUCUGCAAGUACAAUAUGGCUACUAGUACUGGAAAAGCUAAAUCAAAGUCCAGGUAUACAGAUUUGGACGGGAUUAUAGCAGAAAUCGACCGGGAAAGUGUCACAGAACCAGUAGAUGAGGACUUUGUUUUUUUAAUGGUUGCAUAUUAUUCAUUUGAGUGAUUUAAAAAAAAAAAAUCUUUGAAAAAACUUACAUAUAUACAUAUAUAUAUAUAUAUAUAUAUAUAUAUAUAUAUAUAUAUAUAUAUAUAUAUAUAUAUACAGUAUCUCACAAAAGUGAGUACACCCCUCACAUUUUUGUAAAUAUUUGAGUAUAUCUUUUCAUGUGACAACACUGAAGAAAUGACACUUUGCUACAAUGUAAAGUAGUGAGUGUACAGCUUGUAUAACAGUGUACAUUUGCUAUCCCCUCAAAAUAACACAACACACAGCCAUUCAUGUCUAAACCGCUGGCAACAAAAGUGAGUACACCCCUAAGUGAAAAUGUCCAAAUUGGGCCCAAAGUGUCAAUAUUUUGUGUGGCCACCAUCAUUUUCCAGCACUGCCUUAACCCUCUUGGGCAAGGAGUUCACCAGAGCUUCACAGGUUGCAACUGGAGUCCUCUUCCAUUCCUCCAUGACGACAUCAUGGAGCUGGUGGAUGUUAGAGACCUUGCACUCCUCCACCUUCCGUUUGAGGAUGCCCCACAGAUGCUCAAUAGGGUUUAGGUCUGGAGACAUGCUUGGCCAGUCCAUCACCUUUACCCUCAGCUUCUUUAGCAAGGCAGUGGUCGUCUUGGAGGUGUGUUUGGGGUCGUUAUCAUGUUGGAAUACUGCCCUGCGGCCCAGUCUCCGAAGGGAGGGGAUCAUGCUAUGCAUCAGUAUGUCACAGUACAUGUUGGCAUUCAUGCUUCCCUCAAUGAACUGUAGCUCCCCAGUGCCGGCAGCACUCAUGCAGCCCCAGACCAUGACACUCCCACCACCAUGCUUGACUGUAGGCAAGACACACUUGUCUUUGUACUCCUCACCUGGUUGCCGCCACACACGCUUGACACCAUCUGAACCAAAUAAGUUCCAGUAAUCCAUGUCCUUAGUCUGCUUGUCUUCAGCAAACGGUUUGCGGGCAUUCUUGUGCAUCAUCUUUAGAAGAGGCUUCCUUCUGGGACGAAAGCCAUGCAGACCAAUUUGAUGCAGUGUGCGGCGUAUGGUCUGAGCACUGACAGGCUGACCCCCUACCCCUUCAACCUCUGCAGCAAUGCUGGCAGCACUCAUAUGUCUAUUUCCCAAAGACAACCUCUGGAUAUGACGCUGAGCACGUGCACUCAACUUCUUUGGUCAAGCAUGGCGAGGCCUGUUCUGAGUGUAACCUGUCCUGUUAAACCACUGUAUGGUCUUGGCCACCGUGCUGCAGCUCAGUUUCAGGGUCUUGGCAAUCUUCUUAUAGCCCAGGCCAUCUUUAUGUAGAGCAACAAUUCUUUUUUUCAGAUCCUCAGAGAGUUCUUUGCCAUGAGGUGCCAUGUUGAACUUCCAGUGACCAGUAUGAGGAAGUGUGAGAGCGAUGACACCAAAUUUAACACACCUGCUCCCCAUUCACAACUGAGACCUUGUAACACUAAUGAGUCACAUGACACCGGGGAGGGAAAAUGGCUAAUUGGGCCCAAUUUGGACAUUUUCACUUAGGGGUGUACUCACUUUUGUUGCCAGCGGUUUAGACAUUAAUGGCUGUGUGUUUAAUUAUUUUGAGGGGACAGCACAUUUACACUGUUAAACAAGCUGUACACUCACUACUUUACAUUGUAGCAAAGUGUCAUUUCUUCAGUGUUGUCACAUGAAAAGAUAUACACAAAUAUUUACAAAAAUGUGAGGGGUGUACUGGGGUUGAGGGGUUUAGAUACUGUAUAUAUAUAUAUAUAAUCACUCAUGAAAUAUGUGUAUGAAUAGCAAACAAGGCACUCAAAAACCACAGCCACAGCAUGUCAAAGUCAACAUAAAAUACAUGUUGGCUAUACAUUGUGGGUCUAUAUAUACAGUACCAGUCAAAAGUUUGGACACACCUACUCAUUCAAGGGUUUUUAUUUAUUUAAAAAAAUGUUUACAUUGUAGAAUAAUAGUGAAGACAGCAAAAAUAUGAAAAAACACAUAUGGAAUCAUGUAGUAACCAAAAAAGUGUUAAACAAAUCAAAAUAUAUUUUAUAUUUGAGAUUCUUCAAAUAGCCACCCUUUGCCUUGAUGACAGCUUUGCACACUCUUGCCAUUCUCUCAACCAGCUUCACCUGGAAUGCUUUUCCAACAGCCUUGAAGGAGUUCCCACAUAUGCUGAGCACUUGUUGGCUGCUUUUCCUUCAAUCUGUGGUCCGACUCAUCCCAAACCAUCUCAAUUUGGUUCAGGUCAGGGGAUUGUGGAGGCCAGGUCAUCUGAUGCAGCACUCCAUCACUCUCCUUCUUGGUAAAAUAGCCCUUACACAGCCUGGAGGUGUGUUGGGUCAUUGUCCUGUUGAAAAUCAAAUGAUAGUCCCACUAAGCCCAAACCAGAUGGGAUGGCGUAUCGCUGCAGAAUGCUGUGGUAGCUAUGCUGGUUAAUUGUGCCUUGAAUUCUAAAUAAAUCACAGACAGUGUCACCAGCAAAGCACCCCCACACCGUAACACCUCCUACUCCAUGCUUUACAGUGGGAACUACACAUGCGCAGAUCAUUCUUUAACCCAAACCGCGUCUCACAAGACACGGUGGUUUGAACCAAAAAUCUCAAAUUUGGAGUCCAGACCAAAGGACACAUUUCCACCCGUCUAAUGUCCAUUGCUUGUGUUUCUUGGCCCAAGCAGGUCUCUUCUUCUUAUUGGUGUCCUUUAGUAGUGGUUUAUUUGCAGCAAUUCGACCAUGAAGGCCUGAUUCACACAGAGAUGUGUCUGUUACUUGAACUCUGUGAAGCAUUUAUUUGGGCUGCAAUUUCUGAGGCUGGUAACUCUAAUGAACUUAUCCUCUGCAGCAGAGGUAACUCUGGGUCUUCACACUGUGUGCCCUCAGGCCCCUACUCCACCACUACCACAUAUCUACAGUACAAAAUCCAUGUGUAUGCGUGUGUAUAGUAAGUAUGUUAUCGUGUGUGUGUAUGCAUGUGUCUGUGUCUAUGUUUGUGUUGCUUCACAGUCCCCGCGGUUCCAGAAGGUGUAUGAAUGAGGGAGCUACAUAGCAUUUAGUAUGAAGUCACCCAGGAGUCUUCACAAGAAAUCUCCCAUCACCUGCACUACUUUUUCUGUUACCCUCUGCUUUACAGCAGAACAAUCUUGUGUAGAGGACUGAGGGUGUUUUAAAUACUGUAAUUGUAAACAUUGUGUAAAUAUUAUUUGAAUUACUUAUUUUUUCACUUUGUGUGUGGUUUGUGGUGUGUUCACUUAUGACAUUAGAUCAGCGUUGGCUGUUAACUUGGCCCUUAUCUUAAAUAGUUAACGUCUGUGUUGUGAGGCAUUGGAUCAGCAUUCUCAUCGCAUCUCCUGUUAGUACCUUUUAUGUACAUACAUGAUGGACCAUAAUGAUCCAUCAUGUACAGUGGGGGAAAAAAGUAUUUAGUCAGCCACCAAUUGUGCAAGUUUUACCACUUAAAAAGAUGAUAGGUACACGUCAACUAUGACAGACAAAAUGAGAAAAAAAAUCCAGAAAAUCACAUUGUAGGAUUUUUAAUGAAUUUGUUUGCAAAUUAUGGUGGAAAAAAAGGAUUUGGUCAAUAACAAAAGUUUCUCAAUACUUUGUUAUAUACCCUUUGUUGGCAAUGACACAGGUCAAACGUUUUCUGUAAGUCUUCACAAGGUUUUCACACACUGUUGCUGGUAUUUUCGCCCAUUCCUCCAUGCAGAUCUCCUCUAGAGGAGUGAUGUUUUGGGGCUGUCGCUGGGCAACACGGACUUUCAACUCCCUCAAAAGAUUUUCUAUGGGGUUGAGAUCUGGAGACUGGCUAGGCCACUCCAGGACCUUGAAAUGCUUCUUACGAAGCCACUCCUUCGUUGCCCGGGCGGUGUGUUUGGGAUCAUUGUCAUGCUGAAAGACCCAGCCACGUUUCAUCUUCAAUGCCCUUGCUGAUGGAAGGAGGUUUUCACUCAAAAUCUCACGAUACAUGGCCCCAUUCAUUCUUUCCUUUACACGGAUCAGUCGUCCUGGUCCCUUUGCAGAAAAACAGCCCCAAAGCAUAAUGUUUCCACCCCCAUGCUUCACAGUAGGUAUGGUGUUCUUUGGAUGCAACUCAGCAUUCUUUGUCCUCCAAACACGACGAGUUGAGUUUUUACCAAAAAGUUAUAUUUUGGUUUCAUCUGACCAUAUGACAUUCUCCCAAUCCUCUUCUGGAUCAUCCAAAUGCACUCUAGCAAACUUCAGACGGGCCUGGACAUGUACUGGCUUAAGCAGGGGGACACGUCUGCCACUGCAGGAUUUGAGUCCCUGGCGGCGUAGUGUGUUACUGAUGGUAGGCUUUGUUACUUUGGUCCCAGCUCUCUGCAGGUCAUUCACUAGGUCCCCCCGUGUGGUUCUGGGAUUUUUGCUCACCGUUCUUGUGAUCAUUUUGACCCCACGGGGUGAGAUCUUGCAUGGAGCCCCAGAUCGAGGGAGAUUAUCAGUGGUCUUGUAUGUCUUCCAUUUCCUAAUAAUUGCUCCCACAGUUGAUUUCUUCAAACCAAGCUGCUUACCUAUUGCAGAUUCAGUCUUCCCAGCCUGGUGCAGGUCUACAAUUUUGUUUCUGGUGUCCUUUGACAGCUCUUUGGUCUUGGCCAUAGUGGAGUUUGGAGUGUGACUGUUUGAGGUUGUGGACAGGUGUCUUUUAUACUGAUAACAAGUUCAAACAGGUGCCAUUAAUACAGGUAACGAGUGGAGGACAGAGGAGCCUCUUAAAGAAGAAGUUACAGGUCUGUGAGAGCCAGAAAUCUUGCUUGUUUGUAGGUGACCAAAUACUUAUUUUCCACCAUAAUUUGCAAAUAAAUUCAUUAAAAAUCCUACAAUGUGAUUUUCUGGAUUUUCUUUUCUCAAUUUGUCUGUCAUAGUUGACGUGUACCUAUCAUGGAAAUUACAGGCCUCUCUCAUCUUUUUAAGUGGGAGAACUUGCACAAUUGGUGGCUGACUAAAUACUUUUUUUCCCCACUGUAUGACAUUCCUGGGAGUGUGUAAACUUGUAUUGUUUAUUACCAUAGCAUUUAUGUAUUUUCUCUAUAUUUAUGUACUUGAAAAUGUAUCAAUUUACCAAUUCGGCCACUUGGAGGCCACUUGGGUAUAUUCGGGCAAACUCGUGAGGGACACCUGGGUGACUUCAUACUAAAUGUUAUGUUGCUCCUUCAUUCUUGAAGGUAUCAGUCUGAAACUUUGCAUAUACACUGUUGCCCUCUUGUAGACAACAUCUAAAUUACCCACAGCUUCCUAUCUGAGUGUAUGGCUUUUAUUUUUCAUGUCAAAGACAAUGCAACAAAAAUAAAAAUAGAAAACGUAUGUUUUUUUGUUUGUUUUAUCUUUUACCAGAUCUAUUGUGUUAUGUUCUCCUACAUUAAUUUAACAUCUCCACAAACGUCAAAGUGUUUCCUUUCAAAUAGUAUCAAGAAUAUGCAUAUCCUUGCAUCAGGUCCUGAGCUACAGGCAGUUAGAUUUGGGUGGGUCAUUUUAGGCGGAAAUUGAAAAUAAGGGUCUGAUCCUUAAGAGGUUAACAUAUUUUUUAAUGACUACCUCAUCUCUGUACCCCACACAUAUGGUUAUCUGUAAGGUCCCUCAGUUGUGCAGAGAAUUUCAAACACAGAUUCAACCACAAAGACCAGGGAGGUUUUCCAAUGCCUCACAAAGAAGGGCACCUUGGUAGAUGGGUAAAAAAAUUACUUUAAAACAGUUACAGAGUUUAAUGGCUGUGAUAGGAGAAAACUGAGGAUGGAUCAACAACAUUGUAUUUACGGAGUGCAAACAGAGUGAAAAGAAGGAAGCCUGUACAGAAUAAAAAUAUUCCACAACGUUCUGUUUGCAACAAGGCACUAAAGUAAAACUGCAAAAAAGGUGGCAAAGCAAUUAACCUUUUGUCAUGAAUACAGUGUUAAGUUUGGGGCAAAUCUAAUACAACACAUUACUGAGUACCACUCUCCAUAUUUUCAAGCAUAGUGGUGGCUAUACUUAUGUCAAUUAGAUAUUUCUCAAUAAAUGUGCAACAUUUUCAAAAAACAACUUUUCACUUUGUCAAUAUGGGGUAUUGUGUGUAGAUUGGUGAGAGAGAAAAAUAUAUUGAAUCCAUUUUGAAUUCAGCCUGUAAGACAACAAAAUGUGGAAUAAGUCAAGGGGUAGGAAUACUUUCAGUGCUCCAUAUACAAAAUCUUACAUGAAACAAAUUCUGUACAUGGAAAAUAUCCUUAUUGAAAGAUUGUAAACAUGUUAGUGCUAGUUAGAUAUUCAGUCCAAGGAAACCAACUCAGAUAAUUUUGUACCUGAGAGAACACUUUUACUCACGGGUGGCCAAAAAUAACUAAUUGAAAGCCAUGCCGCCAAUAUAAUUUCACAGUGUGCCUUGCCGUUUUCGAGUGAAUUACCCCCCAUGAAUGUAUUUGUUAGUGACAUAGACGUGGUUCUUGAAUUCGUACAUUUUUUUGUCCUGUGGCCUUCACCAAGUGAGUUCCUAGGCUAAUAUUCUAAUUAUAAUUAAACUCUUUAUGAUGAUACAUUACAUAUCUCAUAAGGCCUUAUUUUGAGGCCUAGCAUUACCCUAAUACAUUGGCCUGAAACUCAUGGUUUACAUGCCUUGUCAGGUCCGCUAGUAGGGUUGCAAAAUUCCAGUAACUUUCCCCAAAUUCCCAGAUUUUAAUCUUCCAACUGGGAUUUCUGGAAACUUGCAAGUCACAUUAUGCUGGCUUGCAAAGUGAUGUGUAAUUCCUGUUGGAAUCCAGCCAGAGUUUGAAUAUCCAACAGUUGGAAUUUUUAUUCACCCGCAACCUGCCUUCAUAAUGACUGCCAGGGUUAGGAACAGUGUGCGGAUGCUAUCUAAGCCAUUUAAACUGGAACAACCAUUUCAGUAAGGGGUGCAAAAAAUCUAACGAAUGAUUGGAUCAGUUUAGAAACAUUUAUGUUAUUUAUCUUUGUGUAACAUAAUAUGAAUCAACCAAUCACUCAAUGUACAUGCAAAAACACAGAUAUUAAAAACAAUUCAAAAAGAUCAACCUGAAGUAGAGCAUGCUGGGUAAAAUGUUCAUUUAUUAUCAUAACUUUAUGUCCACUUCCUCAGCUCAGUGUGUAAUGUGGCCAGUCUAUAAUUAAGGACAUUCCAGUCCUAACCUUAGCCCAUAGCUCUCCCAGUUUCACCCUAACAUUUCAAAACCAUUAUAGGAUAUUUUCAGCUUCUUCACAAGGUCCACACCUUCAUUUUAGUCAUUUAGCAGACGCUCUUAUCCAGAGCGACUUACAGUUAGUGAGUGCAUACAUUUUCAUACUGGCCCCCCGUGGGAAACGAACCCACAACCCUGGCGUUGCAAGCGCCAUGCUCUACCAACUGCAUUGUUGCAUAGGCCUGGAGUAUGUGUCUGGGAAUGUAUGAGUGGGAGAAUGCUUGGCUUGGCCUCUGUACGUGUUGUGUUUUGUUUCGGGGAGGAGAGUGUUAAUGUACUGUAUGUGAGUGCAGUGGCGAUUUUAGCAUGUCAAUCUUGGUGGGGCAAACCAAAAAAUAAAUAGGUUUUAUGCAUGCAAGCAAAGCCACUACACAACACAACACUAAACAAUACAUUAUUUGCACUAUAACGGUGACAAACGGUGCCCUCAAACUGUUAGGGCCUACAUAAAGCUGUCCCAACAGAAGAGUCCCAACAGAAGAGUCCCAACAGCAGUCCCAACACCUUACCACUGCUACACCUGGCUAUCAGCGGAGCCUUGUCUGGCAGCGAAACAGUUUAUUCAGCCUCAUUUACUGCCUUAAAAAAAAGCAUAGCUGAUAUGGCUGACUUGCUUAAACAAAUGUGGUUUCCAUUGACAAUUGACAUGUACAAACUAUGGCAUAAGGGGACGACAAGCAGAUAAGAGGCAAUCCGUAAUUUCGAUUAAGAUAUUAAUGAGCGAGCUAGGAUGGACGUAGUCAAUAUAACUAUUUGUUCAGCACUUUUGAAAUGUACAGUGACAGAAUUCAGAACAUGGGCCGUUCUUACAGUGUUCUCCCUGUACACCAAGUCAAAAUCAUAGGAUAAAUAAACAGGGCAUAUAAGCAGACAAUGAAAGCUCUUACAAUAUUUGAUUAUUACAUUUCUCUAAAACAGCCUAUAGGCUACAUGUGCACCACCAAGUCAGAACAGUAGUUGAAAUUAAGAGGGGAAAAGGGACCAAAUUAUUAGGGUGAGGCACAUGGGCUACUAACAGCUUACUACACAGCAUACACUUAGUAUGACUUUCUUAGCUACGGUAUACAUACAGUGGGGAGAACAAGUAUUUGAUACACUGCCGAUUUUGCAGGUUUUCCUACUUACAAAGCAUAAUCUUUUAUCAUAGGUACACUUCAACUGUGAGAGACGGAAUCUAAAACAAAAAUCCAGAAAAUCUUAUUGUAUAAUUUUUAAGUAAUUAAUUUGCAUUUUAUUGCAUGACAUAAGUAUUUGAUCACCUACCAACCAGUAAGAAUUCCGGCUCUCACAGACCUGUUAGUUUUUCUUUAAGAAGCCCUCCUGUUCUCCACUCAUUACAUGUAUUAACUGCACCUGUUUGAACUCGUUACCAGUAUAAAAGACACCUGUCCACACACUCAAUCAAACAGACUCCAACCUCUCCACAAUAGCCAAGACCAGAGAGCUGUGUAAGGACAUCAGGGAUACAGUUGUAGACCUGCACAAGGCUGGGAUGGGCUACAGGACAAUAGGCAAGCAGCUUGGUGAGAAGGCAACAACUGUUGGCGCAAUUAUUAGAAAAUGGAAGAAGUUCAAGAUGACGGUCAAUCACCCUCGGUCUGGGGCUCCAUGCAAGAACUCACCUCGUGGGGCAUCAAUGAUCAUGAGGAAGGUGAGGGAUCAGCCCAGAACUACACGGCAGGAUCUGGUCAAUUGCCCUGAAGAGAGCUGGGACCACAGUCUCAAAGAAAACCAUUAGUAACACACUACGCCGUCAUGGAUUAAAAUCCUGCAGUGCAUGCAAGGUCCCCCUGCUCAAGCCAGCGCAUGUCCAGGCCCGUCUGAAGUUUGCCAAUGACCAUCUGGAUGAUCCAGAGGAGGAAUGGGAGAAGGUCAUGUGGUCUGAUGAGACAAAAAUAGAGCUUUUUGGUCUAAUCUCCACUCGCCGUGUUUGGAGGUAGAAGAAGGAUGAGUACAACCCCAAGAACACCAUCCCAACAGUGAAGCAUGGAGGUGGAAACAUCAUUCUUCUGGGAUGCUUUUCUGCAAAGGGGACAGGAUGACUGCACCGUAUUGAGGGGAGGAUGGAUGGGGCCAUGUAUCGCGAGAUCUUGGCCAACAACCUCCUUCCCUCAGUAAGAGCAUUGAAGAUGGGCCGUGGCUGGGUCUUCCAGCAUGACAACGACCCGAAACACACAGCCAGGGCAACUAAGGAGUGGCUCCGUAAGAAGCAUCUCAAGGUCCUGGCGUGGCCUAGCCAGUCUCCAGACCUGAACCCAAUAUAAAAUCUUUGGAGGGAGCUGAAAGUCCGUAUUGCCCAGCGACUGCACCGAAACCUGAAGGAUCUGUAGAAGGUCUGUAUGGAGGAGUGGGCCAAAAUCCCUGCUGCAGUGUGUGCAAACCUGGUCAAGACCUACAGGAAACGUAUGAUCUCUGUAAUUGCAAACAAAGGUUUCUGUACCAAAUAUUAAGUUCUGCUUUUCUGAUGUAUCAAAUACUUAUGUCAUGCAAUAAAAUGCAAAUUUAUUACUUAAAAAUCAUACAAUGUGAUUUUCUGGAUUUUUGUUUUAGAUUCCGUCUCUCACAGUUGAAGUGUACCUAUGAUAAAAAAUGACAGACCUCUACAUGCUUUAUAAGUAGGAAAACCUGCAAAAUCGGCAGUGUAUCAAAUACUUGUUCUCCCCACUGUAUCUCCCUGGCAUAUUACAUCAUUUAUGCAGCCGUAUAAAAUACUUUUUUGGACUCACCUUGUUGUGCUCACUUGAACAGGAAGGUGGCACGGCGGUCCUUCUUGGGCAAAUUUUGUCAUCAAACUUUGUCAUCAAAGUCUGGCAUUCUCUGGAUUUAUGGUGCUUUCAAGACAACUGGGAACUUGGAAACAAACAAGGUCGAAUCAUGAUGACGUCAGUGAUCUUCAGGUCGGAGCUCUAGAAAGACUUGCGAUUCCGAGUCAGAGCUAGUUUUUUUCAGAGUUCCCAGUUGUCUUGAACUCACUGAAGUCAGAUUUCCCAGUUCUCAGUUUCCAGUUGUUUUGAGAGUGAAAGAAGUCAUGCUGGAUUGACAGCAUGGCCAAUGUUGAAUGUCUAUCCUUUUAAGCUUGGAAAAGAGACCCUUAAACCCAGACUUGGAACCACACACUCACUCCACUGAAUAGCAGGCUAGUGAUUGCUUUGAUUUUGGGCAGCUCCAUGGUAAGAAAUGUGACCGUUCCUGGUGCAAAAACAAUGUCCUAUCCCGGAGCUCAAGUAAAUGACAUUACUAAGCUGCUCCCGAAAUCCAUUCUAUCGUAGUCCAUGUGGGUUUUAAUGACAUUAUGAAGGGCAGCUCUGAACAGUUGAAACUGGAUUUUAAAGAGCUGAUUGACUCUGCUAGACACUAACAAAAAACCCAUAAUAUCUGGCCCUAUGCCAUCUCUGAAUCGUGACAUUGAACGCUUUAGCAGGAUACUUGCGCUUCACAACUGGCUACGUGAUUAUUGCAGCUCAAUGGGUGUAACUGUUGUUGACAAUUUCGAUACCAUUUGGAAACAAAACACGUUUUAUAAGGAGGAUGGGAUCCACCCAAAUCAUUUGGGUUCCUGGAUCCUUUCACAGCAUUAUAAGGCUGCGUUGAGACAAUGACUUAUCAAUGACCCAAGCCCAGCUCAGCUAAUCCCUACCAUUGUGACGCAGACUUGUCAUAAUGCUUCAGCAAAUGUACAUUACACCAGGGGCGUCGGUAGACACAAUAUAAGUAACCUAAUUUAUGUCCCUAUAACUGCCCUGAUUGCCUCUGCUGAUCCUACAGCUAUAGCAUGAAGUAAUCAUGUGCCUAAGAACCAGAUUUAUACUGUUAGCACUGAGCCGGUGUGCCUUAGGAAGAAGUCCACUGUGUGUAGCUCACCCCGCAUUAACAUAAAGAACAUGAGCACAUCUACUGCUGCUGAAACUCACUUAGAUAAUACCUUUGAUGAUACAGUGGUAGCAAUACAAGGUUAUAACAUUUACAGAAAAUAUAGAAAUGCCAAUGGUGGAGGUUUUGCUGUUUAUAUUCAGAACCACAUUCCUGUGAAGAUUAGAGAGGAUCUCAUGUUAAAAACUGUUGAAGUAAUAUGGCUACAGGUUCAUCUGCCUCACCUAAAGCCCAUUCUGGUGGGAAGCUGCUAUAGACCACCAAGUGCUAACAGUCAGUAUCUGGAUCACAUGUGUGAAAUGCUUGAUAAUGCAUGUGAUAUCAAUAGAGAGGUAUACUUUCUGGGUGAUUUAAAUAUUGACUGGCUUUCAUCAGGCUGCCCACUCAAGAGAAAGCUUCAAACUGUAACCAGUGCCUGCAACCUGGUUCAGGUUAUCAGUCAACCAACCAGGGUAGUUACAAAGAGUACAGGAAUUAAAUCAUCAACAUGUAUUGAUCAUAUCUUUACUAAUGCUGCAGAUAUUUGUUUGAAAGCAGUAUCUAAAUCCAUUGGAUGUAGUUAUCACAAUAUAGUAACAAUAUCUAGGAAAACCAAAGUUCCAAAGGCUGGGCCUAAUAUUGUGUAUAAGAGGACAUACAAUAAGUUUUGUUGUGAUUCCUAUGUUGUUGAUGUAAAGAAUAUAUGUUGGCCUGUGUUGUGUAAUGAGGAGCAAACAGACACUGCACUUGACACAUUUAUGAAAUUGGUUAUUCCAGUUACUAAUAAGCAUUCACCCGUUCAGAAAAUGACUGUAAAAACUGUUAAAUCCCCGUGGAUUGUUGAGGAAUUGAAAAAUUGUAUAGUUGAGAGGGAUGAGGCGAAAGGAAUGGCAAAUAAGUCUGGCUGCACAACCGAUUGGCAAACGUAUUGCAAAUUGAGAAAUCAUGUGACUAAACUGAAUAAAAAGAAGAAGAAACUACACUAUGAAACAAAGAUAAAUGACAUAAAGAAUGAUAGUAAAAAGCUUUGGAGCACCUUAAAUGAAAUUUUGGGAGAAAAGCAAACUCAGCUCCAUCAUUCAUUGAAUCAGAUGGCUCAUUCAUCACAAAACCAACUGAUAUUGCCAACUACUUUAAUGAUUUUUUCAUUGGCAAGAUUAGCAAGUUUAGGCAUGACAUGCCAGCAACAAUUGCUGACACUACACAUCCAUGUAUAUCUGACCAAAUUAUGAAAGACAAGCGUUGUAAUUUUGAAUUCUGUAAAGUGAGUGUGGAAGAGGUGAACAAAUGAUUGCUGUUUAUCAACAAUGACAAGCCACCUGGGUCUGACAACUUGGAUGGAAAAUGUCUGAGGAUAAUAGCGGACGAUAUUGCCACUCCUAUUUGCCAUAUUUUCAAUUUAAGCCUACUAGAAUGUGUGUGCCCCCAGGCUUGGAGGGAAGCAAAAGUCAUUCCGCUACCUAAGAAUAGUAAAGCCCCCUUUACUUGCUCAAAUAGCCAACCAAUUAGUCUGUUAUCAACCCUUAGUAAACUAUUGCAAAAAAUGGUGUUUGACCAGAUAUAAUGCUAUUUUACAGUAAACAAAUUGACAACAAACUUUCAGCAUGCUUAUAGAGAAAGACAUUCAACAAGCACAGCACUUACACAAAUGACUGAUGAUUGGCUGAGAGAAAUUGAUGAUAAUAAAGAUUGUGGGGGCUGUUUUGUUAGACUUCUUUUGACAUUAUCGAUCAUAGUCUGGUGCUGGAAAAACGUAUGUGUUAUGGCUUUACUCCACCUGCUAUAUUGUGGAUGAAGAGUUAUCUGUCUAAUAGAACACAGAGGGUGUUCUUUAAUGGAAGCCUCUCCAACAUAAUCCAGGUAGAAUCAGGAAUUCCCCAGGGCAGCUUUCUAGGCCCAUUAUGUUUUUCAAUCUUUACUAAUGACAUGCCACUGGCUUUGAGUAAAGCCAGAGUGUCUAUGUAUGCGGAUGACUCAACACUAUACAUGUCAGCUACUACAGCGACUGAAAUGACUGCAAUACUUAACAAAGAGUUGCUGUUAGUUUCAGAGUGGGUGGCAAGGAAUAAGUUAGUCCUAAAUAUACUAAAAGCAUUGUAUUUGGGACAAAUCAUUCACUAAACCCUAAACCUCAACUAAAUCUUGUAAUAAAUAAUGGGGAAAUUGAGCAAGUUGAGGUGACUAAACUGCUUGUAGUAAUCCUGGAUUGUAAACUGUCAUGGUCAAAACAUAUUGAUACAACAGUAGCUAAGAUGGGAAGAAGUAUGUCCAUAAUAAAGUGCUGCUCUACCUUCUUAACAGCACUAUCAACAAGGCAGGUCCUACAGGCCCUAGUUUUGUCACACCUGGACUACUGUUCAGUCGUGUGGUCAGGUGACACAAAAAAGGACUUAGGAAAAUUGCAAUUGGCUCAGAUCAGGGCAGCACGGCUGGCACUUGGAUGUACACAGACAGCUAAUAUUAAUAAUAUGCAUGUCAAUCUCUCCUGGCUCAAAGUGUAGGAGAGAUUGACUUCAUCACUACUUGUAUUUAUGAGAGGUAUUGACAUGUUGAAUGUUUUGAGCUGUCUGUUUGAAAUACUGGCACACAGCUCGGACACCCAUGCAUAACCAACAAGAUAUGCCACGAGAGGUCUCUUCACUGUCCCGAAGUCCAGAACAGACUAUGGGAGGCGCACAGUACUACAUAGAGCCAUGACUACAUGGAACUCUAUUCCACAUCAAGUAACUGAUGCAAGUAGUAAAAUUAGAUUUAAAAAACAGAUAUAAAACACCUUAUGGAACAGCGGGGACUGUGAAGCAACACAAACAUAGACACAGACAUAUGCAUACACACACACGAUAACAUACUUACUAUACACACGCAUACACAUGGAUUUUGUACUGUAGAUAUGUGGUAGUGGUGGAGUAGGGGCCUGAGGGCACACACUGUGUUGUGAAAUCUGUGAAUGUAUUGUAAUGUUUUUAAAAUUGUAUGAACUGCCUUAAUUUUGCUGGACCCCAGGAAGAAUGGAAGAGUAGCUGCUGCCUUGGCAGCAGCUAAUGGGGAUCCAUAAUAAAUACAACUACAAUUGCUUGCAGUUAGCCACUAAUUCCUUCCAAACCACUCAUUGUUGAAUUUGCGAUUUCCAACUUGUUGUGUAAUGUUUAUGUCCAAUGGCCGAUGAGCACUGAUACGUUUUAUCUAUAAUUUCUCUUCAUAUGACAAGGAUUAAAAAGCAUUUGCCAGUAGAUUGCCAACUUGAUUCAUGAUGAUGACUGCUAGAUUGCUAGCUAAGAUUUUUAAAGUAUGAUGUUGACAUGAUCAGUCCAAUAAAAACUACUGUAGAUAUAAUGUGAUUUGACGUUAUUUUAUCUGUGGCCAAUGACCUUGAGCCUUCUUGGAUGGGCACCCUAAUGUAACUCAAUGGCUGCACCCAAGGGGCUUGAGCUCUACCCUUUGAUUUGGUGGUGACGUAGUGUCCAGGGGGGGGGGGGCUGAUAUGUAUAUGUGUGUUACUGUAUGUGACUGCUGGGCCUUGGUAUUUGGUGUAUUUCAUAAGGAGGCAAAAGUGUGCGUGUGACUCAUUGGCCUUGGUGCAUGCUGUGGUGUUUAUUUUGUGGUCAGGGAGAGAUCACGCUAUGGCAGAGUGGUGGAGUAUAGGGGAAGGAGUAGGAGAGGGAGGAGAGGAGAAGGGUGUCUGAGGCUCUGGAUAUUUCUAACUGGUCAGGGACAGUACAGUGGAAACAGCCCUGGAUUUGGAAGUCUCCAGGAAGGUGUGUGGCAGCCUGGCAGGAUGGGGUGGAGGGUAGUUCAGGGUUAUUUCCUUAUCCUUGGAUCAAUGGGAGGUGCCUCCUUGAGCCCUGAAAAUAAGAAUGUUCCUACUCUACAUGUACAGCAUAGCACAAGCAUUAUUUGUCCAUCAACAGUUUCUCAAAGGGUUUACAAUGAUUAAAAGCAUUAUUCAUACAGUAUGAUAUCAAAACCAGCUGUUGGCUCUACUGUACUACUGUGGGGUUUGUGGACUUUACUUUCUACCUCCUUCAGCAUAAAGGAGCUGUAAAAGUAAAGUCAAAUGUCAAGAUACUUUCAUGUAAACUGUCUGACUGACAGGUUGCUCUUGUUGCAGUGUGUGGACAUUGUCAGUUUUACCUCUGAAAUGUUUUUUUGUUUUUGUUUUAUUCCGCCACUGACUGUAGGAGGUAUCUAAAGAUGUACUGUCGGGGACACAGUGUAGUAGGUAGACAGAGAGACCGACAGGAGGACAGAUAACUAGGAAGUGGUGGUUGCCGUGUUGGAGUGCUCCGUGUUCUGUUCUUCUCCUUAGAUCAGACAUGCUCAUAUCAUGUGAUUUCCCUCCUCCUCCUUCUUCACCCAAAAGCAGGGAUGUGUGUUAGGUUAGACGUGAUUUGUAAACAGUAGUUCACAGGCAUUUGAAGACUAGGUUAAAACGUGUGUUGGGUGUAGAAGUGAAGUAGUACAGUGUGUUGGAGUGGAUUUAGCAUGUCAAUGCAGCAUGGCAUGGGUUGAUGUCGGAAAUACCACCUUUAGAUCCUGACUUUAACUCCAGGAGGACCUUGUGUAAUUUUAAAUAAGAAUAUUGGAUUUGAAUAAUUGGUUUACACCAACAAUGCUUGAAGAGCAUGUGCCAUACACCAGGAGUUAACACAGCUAGGACUAUGGCACUGACUGAAUAGCUUCCUGUUUACGCUUUAACUCUUUCUUUCUCUCUCCCUGUCUUUCUAUCUCUCCUUCCAGUGGUGGACCCACAUGGCAAGACCUCGUCCCCCAUCCCGGAGCCCCCCGGCCCAGCCGACCAGCCGGCCGCUCCCCCCCUGCGUCGGAGGAAGGAGCGCCCCCAUGUGCUGAACUUAAGCGAUGCAGAGAUGGCCGGGGUGCUGCGGCCCAGGCCGGGCCGACUGGACAGCCCUAGCAACCGUUACGCCGGGGACUGGAGCCGCUGCGGAGAGAGCUACUUCCCGCCUCCUCUGUCCAGGGAGGAGAAUGACUAUGAUGAUGUUCCUUCUGAGGAUAUGGAGGUCACUGAAGAGGGACAGGAGGGGGUAGAGGACAGGGGACAGGAAGGAGGAGAGGAGCAAAGACAGGAAUGGUUACUGGACAGGGGACAGGAGGAGGGACAGGCAGAGCCAGCCACAACCGAACAGGAGCCCCCGCUACUCGAGGAGGUGAUGGAAGGACCUGUAGAAGUGGAGAAAGAGGAGAGAGAAGCGGAGGAGGAGAGCGAUGCAGAGAAAAGAGUGGAGGAGAGCAAUGGCUCCAGUGGCGGUCAGCCGUCAGACGACAGGGUGUUUGAUGAUGAUAAUGAUGAUGAUGAUGAGAGCAUCCUGCCCCUCCACCUCCCCGAAGAGCACACGUACCAGGCCUACAUAAAGAUCCAGGACAUCAGCCCCGUGCUCAGCAACAGGGUCAACCUGCGAGACCUGCAGGAGAGCAUCGACACGCUUAUAGGCAACCUGGAGAGAGAACUAAACAAGAACAAGCUCAACGUCGGCUACUGA